CACCGUGCGGGAGGAAUGGCAGGCUGGGGAGCCUUCUUCGUGUCUCUCCUCAACUACAAGACAGAGAAAUAUGUCAUCGCCGAAAACAGGAAAAUCGGGAUAUUAUUUAGACUCUAUCAGCUGGCCGUGCUGGGAUACAUAAUCGGGUGGGUGUUUGUGAUGAAGAAAGGUUACCAGGAGAGAGAGGAGGCCAUCCAGACAUCAGUCAUCACCAAACUUAAAGGUGUUACACUGACCAACAGCUCUGAGUCAGGGCUUCACCUGUGGAGUGCAGAAGAUUAUGUCAUACCCCCGAAUGGUGAGCAGGUCUUCUUCAUAGUAACAAAUUACAUCGAGACCCCCAAUCAGAGGCUGGGGUUCUGUGCUGAGAGUUUCAAGGUGCAACAUGGACGAUGUCAGAGUGAUGAUGACUGUGUCGAUGGGGAGAGUGUAAUCGCUGGCCAUGGGAUAAAGACCGGGUUGUGCUUGAACAGCACUGGGACCUGUGAGAUCCACGCCUGGUGUCCUGUCGAGUACAGCAAAAGACCCACAGAGCCCUUACUGAGCGAAGCAGAAAACUUCACCAUCUACAUCAAGAAUUUCAUCAGGUUCCCAAAGUUUGAAUUCUCCAAGUCCAACGUCCUUGAUACCUCUGACGACAGUUACCUGAGAAGAUGCUCUUAUGACAGAGAGAACCACCAUUACUGUCCCAUCUUCCGCCUCGGAGAUCUGGUCAGCUGGGCUGGACAUGACUUCCAAGAAAUGGCUGCUAUGGGUGGAUCUGUUGGUAUUCUUAUUGAGUGGAACUGUGACCUGGAUAAAGACGCUUCUGAGUGUAAUCCACACUACAGCUUUACCCGACUGGACAUGCACUUGAACAACUCGGUCACAUCAGGGUACAACUUCAGGUACGCCAGGUAUUACAAGGAUCAAAAUGGUGAAACCUAUCGCACUUUGUAUAAAGUGUACGGGAUUCGUUUCGAUAUAAUGAUCAAUGGCCAGGCUGGGAAAUUCAAUAUUGUGCCCACAAUAAUUGCCAUUGGCUCGGGUGUUGCCCUGCUGGGUAUAGGAUCCUUUGUAUGUGAUAUGAUACUACUGUACUUGAUGAACACAAGCUCCUUCUACCGAGAGAGGAAGUUUGAAAUCAUCAACUUUAAGAGAGACAGGACCAAACCCAAGGAUGGGAAGACAGGACACCGGGAAAAGAGAUCCAGGAAACCAGCUGCAGAGAAAGACGCCGCCAACUCUACUAAAAAGCCAGAGGAAACCGCAGCCACUGCGGGACCUGAUGCCACUGCAGAGAACCAGCUGUCUGUGGACAAACGGGGUCCCACCAUUCCACGCAACACAGGACAGCGAUACUCUGCCAAUCUGUCUCCCCAAGGUGCAGAGUCAAAGCAUCACAUCACCUUCUCUUCACAUAAUUAAGUUUGCAUGCAAAGGAUGUCAAAUCACCUGGAGUGGUCUGCAAGAGGUGGAACCAAAAGUCGGACCACUUCUCACCUACUGGCACCACUGCUGGCACGCCACUAGCUUGAGUGAUGCUUGUCCUGACUAAAGAUAUGUCGGUCCAGAGAAAUGUUCAUGUUCCACACUGUGUAAGUGGGCCAGGAAGCUGAUGUAGAGAUACACAGAAAGGUGGUUUUCAGUGGCUGGGUCAGGGUCCAAAGCUGGGCUGUGGGAGAUAACAACAGGUCCAUAAAAAGUGAUAUGCAACAGUACUGUGGUUAUGCUGAUGCAAUUAGCAAAGUGACACAAAAGGAUUAAUCUAAGACUUAAAGUGAAUUGCCAAAUUAAUGUUGCAGAUUUCUGCUUUACAAAGGCAAAUAAUUAUGUCUUUGUUUGUUGAUGUCAUAAAAUCAUUAUCUAAUGGCUUUUUUGGCUGUUGAUCAGACUAAUUAAGCAUCAUUUCCAGCUUGAGGAAUAUACAGGUGCAUCUCAAUGAAUUAGAAUAUCAUAGAGAAGUUUAUUUAUGUCAGUAAUUCACUUCAAAAAGUGGAAAUAACACAUUGUAUAGAUCCAUUAGUUUAUUUAAUUUCUUCUAAUUAUGAUGAUUAUGGCUUACAUUUAAUGAAGACCUAAAAUUCAGUGUCUCAAAAAAUCUGAAUAUUACAAAAGACCAAUUUUUAAAAAGUAUUUUUAAUAUGGAAGUGUUGGCCUCUGAACAGUAUGUCCAUCUAUAUGACUCAAUACUUGGUUGGGGCUGUUUGACUUGAACUACUGGAAAUUGACUUUUCCAUUAUAUUCUUAUUUAUUGAGAUGUACCUGUAUGAUGGGCCUUAAUUAAUAUUUUUUCAAUUUAUGGGCUAAAGUCUAAAAAUCACAAUAAAAAUAUUAGACUUCAUAGAUUCGUGAACCUUAAAUGUGUAGAAUUGGGUUAAGGAAAAUAGACAUUGUAGGCCAAUAAAGUUAAAAAAAUAUUUAUACUAAAUCAAUUUGCAAAAAGAAAAUGUAAUUAUUUUUUAAGCAUAAAUUCCAGGAGAAAUGUUUAAAGGGACAGUUCACCCCCAAAACAUACACACAUAUUUUUCCUUUAACCUGUAGUGUUAAUAUAGAUUGUUCUGCUGAGUUUUAGAGUGAUAAAGAUAUCAGCUGUAGAGAUGUCUGCAUUCUCUUGAAUAUAGUGGAACUAGAUGGAUUUUAAUUUGUGGUGCAGAAAGCACCAAAAAAUACCUUUACAAAAACUCAACAGCAGUGUCUUCCAGAACUAAUCUUUUCAUAUAGGAAAUAUAAAUGUAUGCUGAGUAAAGAGAGAAACACAGUAGUCUCCAUGGUUGAUGUGUCCAACACUCUGAAACUCAUUAGAGAAGAAGUACUACAGAUAAGAGAAAAACAUGAAUUUUUGAUGUUGGUGUGAACAGCCCCUUUAAAAACAGCACUUGGAAGCCAUAUGUAAGAAAAUGUGUAAAUGGUCUUAAUUGUUGGUAUUUCAGUCAAAUGUGUCAGGUACCUAUGCUGUGACAGAAAUGUGAGCGUACUCGUAAACACUGCUGGGGCAUGUUCUACAGGUGCUUCUCAAUAAAUUAGAAUAUCGUACAAAAGUUUAUUUAUGUCAGUAAUUCAAUUCAAGUGGAAAUAACACAUUAUAUAGAUCCAUUACACACAGAAUGAAACAUUUCAUAUCUUAAUUUAUUUAAUUUCUUCUAAUAAUGAUUAUGGCUUCCGUUUAAUUAAGACCUAAAAAUUCAGUGUCUGCAUUCAAUUUUUUUGAAAGUAUGUUUAAUAUGGAAAUGUUGGCCUCUGAAAAGUAUGUCCAUCUAUAUGACUCAAUACUUGGUUGGGGCUGUUUGACUUGAACAACUGGAAAUGGACUUUUCCAUCAUAUUCUAAUUUAUUGAGAUGCACCUGUAUAAAGCAGUUUAGCAACUAGGCGAGGCUAAAUGUGACUUUUUUCAGUCGAUUUGGCUCCAUUAGGCACAUUUUUAAAAAAAAGUUAAAGCUCAUUUACUAUGACAACUUGUGCUGGAAAACUAGUUAUAGAUGAAAUCGGCCAUGCAAUGGCUCUAACACAAUCUUAUGCUAUAAUACACUUGUGAAGCUGUGGAAUACAGUCAUGAUGUGCUACUAGUCGACUGUUGAUGUACUGGCUGACUGUUGAUGACUGGUGCAAGACAUUGAAGUGCAUGGACUCCUUGUUUGUUCUUCCUGUUACUAUUUAUUGAAUGGUCUUUAUUGUUGCAAACAAAUGUAUUUGUCAUGUUAAUUCAUGUCAACAAAUGACACUGCGUGAAAGACAAAUUGGUUAAUAAUAACAAUGUA